AUGACCCCUGAUCUUAAUCCAAUAUUCGACAGGUACAAAUAUCAGAUGCGAGCAAGUUUUUACCCCAACAAUGAUGAGAGGUUUAAGUAUAAAGAAGGGUUACAUGAAACAGUGUAUAUUAAAGAUGAUCUUGAACAAGCGUUGGCCGGAGCAGCAACGGAGAAUAAGACGGUAAUAAUUACUGUUGUAAAUAAAGCAUACAUAGAGGGAGAUAAACCAAUGGUAGAUCUCUUCUUAGAUGGUUUUUGGCAAGGAGAAGGCACUAGGGAAUUAGUGAACCACCUUUUGAUCGUUGCAAUGGAUCAAACCUCGUACGAACGGUGCAAAUUUAUGCAUCUUCAUUGUUACAAGCUCGAAACAGAUGGUGUGGAUUUUGGUGGAGAAAAGUUGUUCAUGUCUCAAGAUUUUAUCAAGAUGAUGUGGAGAAGAACCUUGUUCUUAGGUGAUGUUCUUAAGAAAGGUUACAACUUCAUCUUUACGGACACUGAUGUGCUAUGGCUUAGGAAUCCAUUUCCGAACUUGUACUUAAAUCAAACCGUAGACCUUCAGAUCAGUACAGACAAGUUCAACGGAAGCCAGUGGUCUGAAGAAAACCCAAUAAACACAGGCUUCUACAUGAUCAAAUCAAACAGCAAAACAAUAGCGUUGUUGGAUGCUUGGUAUGCUGGAAAAGACAACAUUAAUUCCACAGGAUGGAAAGACCAGGAUGUUUUGAUCAAGUUAAUGAAAGAUGGAAUGUUCAAACAAUUGGGUCUAACUGUUAGGUUUUUGGACACCCUUUAUUUCAGUGGCUUUUGUGAUGAUAGUAAAGAUGUUAACGUUGUUGCAACUAUUCAUGCCAAUUGUUGUCGUAGUAUAAGUGCAAAGUUGGCUGAUCUGACGGCUGUCCUUCACGAUUGGAGAAGAUUUAAGGGCUCGGAUGCAAAUCAGACAUCGACGUUUGGAUGGACUCAGCAUGUGAAUUGCUGGGAUUCUUGGAAAAACUGA